CUAAGCGCGCGCUGCGUGCCCUGCGUGGAGCGCGCGGCGGUCGAGGCGGGAAGUGCGAGCCCCAACGCCAUGGCGAAAGACCCAGCCUUUGGCCCCUGCCUGGAAGGUCUGGAGGCCCACAGCGGGAUACCCGCCCUCGCCGGCCGGGGUCUGGCGUCUGGGGACGCACCUUCAUGCCCACGGGGGUCCUCACACCUUCGUGGCCCCCCAGUGUGGCAGCACCCGUUCCUCAACGUCUUCAGACACUUCAAGGUGGGCGAGUGGAAGCGGUCCACUAAGGAAGGCGAUGUGGCUGCCGUGACGGAUAAGACUCUGAAGUGCACUGUAUAUCGCAUCCGGGGUUCUGUGUCUGCCGGAAAUUACAUCCAGCUCCCCAAAACCAGUACCCAGUCUUUGGGGCUGACAGGCCGGUACCUGUACGUGCUCUUCAGGCCCCUGCCAGCCAGGCACUUCGUCAUUCACCUGGACGUGGCCACCGAGGACAGCCAGGUCGUGCGUGUGUCCUUCUCCAACCUCUUCAAGGAGUUCAAGUCUACGGCCACAUGGCUGCAAUUUCCCUUCAUCUGUGAGGCGGGGUUAUCUGUAAAAGAGCUGCCCGCUGUUGCCCCCUCUGGUGCCCGCUGGACAUGCCUACAGCUUGAUUUGCGUGACAUUCUCCUGGUGUUCCUGAACCGGCGCUACGGCCAUCUCAAGGGCGUCAAGCUGUGCGCGAGUCUGCUCGUGAAGAGCCUCUACGCCAGCGACUUGUGCUUUGACCCCGGCCCGCUCUCUGUAGCUGUUACCGUUGCUGAGGCCCAGCGAGCGAAGCUGCCUGUCACACCUGUACCUCGAGAAAUGGCAUUCCCGGUGCCAAAGGGGGAGAGCUGGUAUGACCACUAUGUCCACAUCCGGUUUCCAAGUGACAGCUCAAAAGCAUCUCCUGAGCUGGUUCAGAAGAGCCGUUCCCCUCCUGAGGCAGGUUUCCUGGGGCGCAUGCUGCAGGUUCCCGCUCACCCAGUGGCUUUCAGCGAUCCCUUCCAGGACAGUGUGCCCUCCCCGGUCCAGAUGUUGGGUCCCAUGGCUUCGCGCCAGGCCCCCUCAGUGCCCAGGCCCCUUCCAGAGGUCAGCUUGUUCUGCGAGCGCUUGGAGGUCCCCAGUGUGAAUGGCCUCAGUGACCGUAGCCAAGAGCGCUCGGCCGGGGCGGAGGUCACUGACAAGCAUGCAGCUGGCAACGGUGUUCACGUGUCCGCGCCUAAGCCGACCAUGGUUGCCAUGGCCCUGGAGGAUGUGGCUGUGCACGAGCCUUCUAGCCGAAAGCACAACAGGCAGGAGGUGGCUUUGGACAAGGAUCUCUUCCGACAAAAGAGCUUUCUCCCGGAUCCGAUCCUGAGACUCAAGGCAGUCAUUGGCUUUGGGGGCCACAGUACCAAAUGGGCGCUGUGGACCCGGGACGGGGCUGCCGUGGUGUACCCCUGUCACGCAGUCAUUGUCGUCCUGCACGUCCACACCCGGGAGCAGCGCUGCUUUCUCGGCCACACUGACAAGGUUUCUGCCCUGGCACUGGAUGGGAGUGGCGUGCUGCUGGCCUCGGCCCAGGCCCGGCCCCCAAGCAUGCUGCGCCUGUGGGACUUCCAGACUGGGGAGUGCCUGUCCCUGUUCCGGAGCCCGGCCCACGCCCUCUGUUCCCUUAGCUUUUCCAACAGUGGGGCGCUGCUCUGUGGUGUCGGCAAGGACCGCCACGGGAGGACGGUGGUGAUGGCCUGGGGCACAGCCCAGGUGGGACGAGGCGGCGAGGCAGUCCUUCUUGCAAAGACGCACACCGGAGUUGACAUCCAGGCAUUUGAGGUGGCCUUUUUUGACGAAACCAGGAUGGCCUCGUGCGGGCAGGGCAGUGUGCGGCUGUGGCGGCUGCGCGGCGGGGAGCUGCGUUCCUGCCCUGUGGACUUGGGGGAGCACCGGGUGCUGGAGUUGACCGACCUGGCCUUUGGAUGGGCCCAGGAUGGCCAUACGCUCUACGUGUGCGGCCGCAGUGGACACGUCUUGGAGAUCGACCACCAGCUCCUGGCCGUGCGGUAUGCUCGCCGCCUCCUGCCCACGCGGACCCCUGGCGGCCCUCUCUCACAGAAGCAGACCUUCAGUUCCGGCCCCGGCAUUUCCAUCAGCAGCCUCAGCGUGUCGCAGGCCGUAUGUGCCAUGGGCUCGGAGGAUGGCUACCUGCGGCUCUGGCCCCUGGACUUCUCCUCUGUGCUCCUGGAGGCAGAGCACGAGGGCCCGGUCACUUCAGUGUGCGUCAGCCGUGAUGGUCUGCGUGUGCUGUCCACCACCUCCUCCGGCCACCUGGGCUUCCUGGACAUCCCGUCCCAGGAGUACAGCGUGCUGGUUCGCUCCCACACCGCUCCGGUGCUGGCCCUGGCCACCCAGGGCAGCCGAGGGCAGCUGGCCACGGUGUCCCAGGACCAUACUGUCCGCGUCUGGGACCUGGCGACCUUGCAGCAGCUCUAUGACUUGAGGUCCCCGGAGGAGGCCCCGUGUACCGUCGCCUUCCACCCCACGCGGCCAGCCUUAUUCUGCGGCUUCAGCAGUGGGGCCGUCCGUUCCUUCAGCCUGGAGGCUGCUGAGGCUCUGGCGGGGCACAGGUGGGUGCCCAGUUGGUUCCAGCCCCACAGACGCCCGUGGUGGAGGCUGCGGUGCUGCGUGGGGGGCCGGGUGGGGAAGGGCCGUCCACAGAGAGCCCCAGCCCUCUGCUGCCCCCCCGGGAACUCAGGCAGCACCGGCUGUGAGCGGUCUGGGACGGUGCAGCUCAGGGCCGGGGCAGUGGCCGUCCCUGUGUGGUGCAGGUGUCACCGAGGACCAGUCACCGGCCUGGCCGCCAGCCCCGACGGCAGCCUCCUGUUCAGCUCCUGCUCCUCGGGCACCUUGGCCCAGUACCACUGCGCCAGCACCCCGUGCCGUGUGCUGCGUGUGGCAGCUGACAUGGUGUGCCGGGACGCCCACCCAACCCCCAAUGCCCUGGCGGUUAGCGCGGACAGCCGCCUGCUGGCCUUUGUGGGCCCCUCCAAGUACGUGGUGACCGUCAUGAACGCAGCCUCCCUGGAAGAGCUGCUACGAAUCGACGUCAGUGCGCUGGACCUGGCCAGCAGCCGCCUGGACUCAGCUGUGGCCGUCUGCUUUGGCCCCGGACCCCCUGGCCACCUGCUGGUGUCCACGUCCUCUAACAUGGUCAUGGUGCUGGAUACCACUUCGGGCCACGUGGUCCGGGAGCUGCCAUGUGUCCCCCCUGUGGCCUGCCCCUCCCUGGCCCUCAGCAGGGAUGCCCGCUUCUUGCUGAUGGCCACUGACCGGGCCAUCAAGGUGUGGGACUACCCAACACAGGCCUGCCCCAGCUGCCAGGUGUAUAUCGGCCAUUCAGAGCCUGUGCGUGCUGUGGCCUUCACCCCUGACCAGCAGCAGCUCCUCAGCGUGGGGGAUGCCAUCUUCCUCUGGGACAUUCUGGGUCCCCCGGAGAGCUCACCACCAGGAAGUGCCGGAGACUCACCUGGGGCACCGCCGACCUGCGAGGCUAGCCCGGAUGCAAGGCAGCUGGAAGACACGGUGUCUGGGGCCAAUGGGCUCCCCCGGCCGCAGGUGCCUGAGCCAUCCCCGGCUUCCCCACUCCGGCUGGGCGUCUGUGCUGGACCCCUCAAGGGUGAUGAUGGUGCCUUCUCCUUGUCAGAUGAAGAAGGACCCUCUGAGGAGAGCCACAGCCCUGAGGGGCUCCAUCAGGCCUCAAGUCUGCCCAUGCUGGUGAAGGAGGCCAGCGGGGCUGGAGCUGGGGUCUGGGGGUCUCCAGGGGGCCCCUGGGACCUCAGCAUGGGUCCCCACCCCCAUAGCUGGUCCAGUGCUUGGAGUAUCAGAGAAGCUCAGGUCCAUCCCUCUGCCCGCCCAGACUGCUAUAGGCACUUCCUGGCACGCUAUAAGACCUCCCCACUGGCCAAGAGUGCCUCUGUCUCCAGUGCUGGCGUGGAGCGUCUGCUCCUGAAGGCCGUUGUGGGCUACAACGGGAACGGGCGGGCCAAUGUGGUCUGGAAGCCAGAUACAGGCUUCUUUGCCUACACCUGUGGCGGUCUGGUGGUGGUGGAGGACCUGCACUCUGGCGCCCAGCAGCACUGGCUCGGCCACCCCGAGGAGAUCUCCACCCUGGCCCUCAGCCACAAUGCUCAGGUCCUGGCCUCUGCCUCGGGCUGCAGCGGCACCUCCUCCCACUGCCACAUCCGCAUCUGGAACGUGCCGGGGGGCUCCUGCCAGCACCUCAUUUCUUAUCACAGCACCGCGGUGCAAGCCCUGGCAUUUUCACCAGAUGACGAGCUGCUUGUCACCCUGGGGGACUACCGUGACAGCACUCUGGCCCUGUGGAGCAUGGCCACCUAUGAGCUCCUGGCGUCCACGCACCUCCCGGAGCCAGUGCACAGUGUGGCCUUUAACCCCCGGGAUGCUGGCGAGCUGGCCUGUGUGGGCCAAGGCGCCAUUACCUUUUGGCUCGUGCAGCAGCGUGGGACCAACGUCAGCCUCCAGGUGCGCCGAGAGCCCAUCCCUGAGGAGGUGGGGGCGGGCGAGCUGACCUCGCUCUGCUACGGGGCCACACCUCUGCUUUACUGUGGCUCCAAUGCCGGCCAGGUCUGUGUCUGGGACACAAGUGCCAGCCGCUGCUUCCUGGUCUGGGACGCGGACGACGGCGAGAUUGGAGUGCUGCUGUGCUCGGGCGCGAGGCUGGUCAGCGGCAGCAACACCCGGCGACUGCGCCUGUGGGCCGUGGGGGCCGUGCCGGAGCUGAGGUGCAAGGGCUCACGCGCCAGGUCUAGCUCUGUGUUCAUGGAGCGCGAGUUGACCUUGGACGGGGCCGUCGUGAGCGCGGUCUUCCACGACAGCAUGGACAUGGGCGUGGUGGGCACCACGGCAGGCACGCUCUGGUACAUCAGCUGGGCCGAGGGUGCCAGCACCCGCCUCAUCAGUGGCCACAGGAGCAAGGUGAACGAGGUGGUCUUCAGCCCCAGCACGUCCCACUGGGCCACGUGCAGUGAUGACGGGAGUGUGAGAGUGUGGUCCCUGGCCAGCACGGAGCUCCUGAUCCAGUUCCAGGUGCUGAACCAGAGCUGCCUCUGUCUGGCGUGGAGCCCCCCCUCCUGUGGACGCCCGGAGCAGCAGCAGGUGGCAGCAGGCUACAGUGAUGGCACGCUGCGUGUCUUUAGCAUCUCCCGAAUUGCCGUGGAGUUCAAGAUGCACCCCCAUCGGGCUGCACUGACGGCCGUGGCCUACUCUGCAGAUGGUCAGACCAUCCUCUCUGGAGACAAGGAUGGGCUUGUGGCUGUGAGCCGCCCCCGCACGGGGAUGACCUUCCGUGUACUGAGUGAUCACCAAGGUGCUCUGAUCGCCACCAUCCAGAGCACAAACAAAGAGCAUGGAGACUUCGGGGCAGAGGGUGUCGACCUGUGGCUAGCUGCCAGCUCAGACCAGCGCAUCAGCAUCUGGGCCGCCGACUGGCCGCGGGGCCACUGUGAGCUCGUGGACUGGCUGAGCUCCCCGUCGCCCACCCUCACGGAGGUCCCCAGCCAUCCACCACCCUGUCUUGUUGCCUUCUGCCCCUGGGAUGGGGCACUGCUGGUGUGUGCGGGCCUCGGCGUGCAUCCAGAGGUGGUGUUCUACAGCCUUCACCAGAAGCAGGUGGUGGAGAGGAUCCCGCUGCCGUUCUUUGCCGUGUCCCUGAGCCUGUCCCCUGAAGCCCAUCUCAUGGCCAUUGGCUUUGCUGCCCAGGUGGGAAAGACGUCGCUGAUCCUGUCGCUCGUGGGCGAGGAGUUCCCCGCGGAGGUCCCUCCCCGCGCCGAGGAGAUCACCAUUCCCGCAGACGUCACCCCGGAGAAGGUGCCCACCCACAUCGUGGAUUACUCAGAAGCGGAGCAGACGGCAGAGGAGCUCCGGGACGAGAUUCACAAGGCAAAUGUGGUGUGUAUGGUGUACGACGUGUCUGAGGAGGCCACCAUUGAGAAGAUACGAACCAAGUGGAUCCCACUGGUGAACGGGGAGACUGAGAGGGGCCCCAGAGUCCCCAUCAUCCUGGUGGGCAACAAGUCGGACCUGCGGCCGGGGAGCUCAAUGGAGGCUGUGCUGCCCAUCAUGAGCCAGUUCCCUGAGAUCGAGACGUGUGUGGAGUGCUCUGCCAAGAACCUGAGGAACAUUUCGGAGCUGUUCUACUACGCGCAGAAGGCCGUGCUGCACCCCACAGCCCCGCUCUACGACCCCGAGGCCAAGCAGCUGAGGCCCGCGUGUGCCCAGGCCCUCACGCGCAUCUUCAGGCUCUCAGACCAGGAUCUAGACCAGGCGCUCAGUGACGAGGAGCUCAACGCUUUCCAGAAAUCCUGCUUUGGGCACCCCCUGGCCCCGCAGGCCCUGGAGGACGUGAAGAUGGUGGUGUGCAAGAACGUGGCAGGAGGUGUGCGGGAUGACCGGCUGACCCUGGACGGCUUUCUUUUCUUGAACACGCUGUUCAUCCAGCGUGGCCGCCACGAGACCACAUGGACCAUCCUGCGGCGCUUCGGCUAUGGAGACACGUUGGAGCUGACCCCGGACUACCUUGUCCCACCGCUGCACGUGCCCCCAGGCUGCAGCACUGAGCUCAACCACUUGGGCUACCAGUUUGUGCAGAGGGUGUUCGAGAAGCACGACCAGGACCGUGAUGGCUGCCUCUCGUCUGCGGAGCUAGAGAGCCUCUUCAGCGUGUUCCCUGCUGCCCCCUGGGGUCCCGAGCUGCCCCUUGAGGUCUGCGCCGAGGCCGGCCGGCUGUCUCUGCAUGGCUACCUCUGCCAGUGGACCCUGGUGACCUAUCUGGACGUCCGGCGCUGUCUUGAGCACCUUGGUUACUUGGGCUACCCCACCCUCUGUGAGCAGGACUCCCAGGCCCACGCCAUCACAGUCACUCGUGAGAAGAGGCUGGACCAGGAGAAGGGGCAGACUCAGAGGAACGUUCUCCUGUGCAAGGUGGUGGGAGCCCGCGGAGUGGGCAAGUCUGCCUUCCUGCAGGCCUUUCUCGGCCGCAGCCUCAGGGGUACCAGGGAGUUCGCUGAGGAACGUGCCAUCUACGCUAUCAACACGGUGCAGGUCAACGGGCAGGAGAAGUACCUGAUACUGUGUGAGGUGAGUGCUGACAGCCUGCUGGCCACCGCGCCCGAUGCCACCUGUGAUGUGGCCUGCUUGAUGUUCGAUGGCAGCGACCCCGGGUCCUUCGCGCUCUGCGCCAGCGUCUACAAGGCCGACCUGCCCGAAGGCAUCCCGCCACCCGGGCUGUCGCCCACGGAGUUCUGCCGCAGACACCGGCUGCCUGCCCCUGCCCCCUUCUCGUGUGUCGGCCCAGCCAAGCUCAGCACUGCUGUGUUCACCCGGCUCGCCGCCAUGGCCGCUUUCCCACACCUGGCCCACGGAGAGCUGCACACCACCUCCUUCUGGCUUCGGGUGACGCUGGGGGCCAUUGGGGCUGCUGUCACUGCUGUCCUCAGCUUCUCACUCUACAGGGCUCUGGUGAAGAGCCGAUGAGGCCUCGGGGGCCACCUGGGUGCUGGUGUGGGGCCACCUGCUCGAGGGGGUUGUUCCUUCUGUCUACACUUGGCUUCUGGGGACACUUUGCCCACUUCCUUGUCUGACUCCAAGGGCAGGCCCCCAGGUCCCAGCCGCCUGUGUCCCUACCCAGCUGCACAUGCCAAGCGUCGCCCCCUUUGGGUAUCACAUGUUGGAGGGGCUGGGCGUCAUGGGUGUGGAACCAGUGACCCCAGACCCAGGUAUUCUCAGGGUUCCGCUCCUUCCUGGUCCCAGGCAACCAGUGGGCAUGAAGGGGGUCAGAAGACAGAACUCUGGACCAGAGGUGGGGGUGGGGGUAGGGGUAGGACACGGGUGAGGAUCGUGUGGCCUCGCUCUCCUCCCUGGUUUGCAGUGGUCCAGUGCCUCACCCCGCCCGGAAGACAUGAGGUGGGCCCUCCUGAUUAAACUUCACUUGUGUCUUUUGCA